AUGGGGAGUUGUUCAGGGAAGCCAGUUUGUCAGAACGACGUGGACUAUGCAAAUUAUGACGGCGGAGAUAAUUUUUCGACCGAAGAUGACUGUAUUGACUCCAAAAUGUCUGAAAAACGCACCAGUGAUUCGGUGAAUCGGCCUACUAGAUGCAACUGUUCCCUGGGUAUUUCUGAUAGCAAUGCCUUAUCAGAGAUCGUCAAUAAAAAUAAAACAAGCUUCUCACCUGAUCGUAUGUGUGCCUCAGAAAAAGUUCCUGCAAAACAGGAUACGCCAAUGGAAGCCUCCAAUUGCCCCCGGAGCAGUAAUUGUUUUAUAGAUUACGGCACCCAAGAGUAUGACAGAAGCCCCCAGAUUUUGAAAACAGUAAGCCCGGAAUAUAAGCCACUUCGAGCCGUAACUUGCUCAUCACAAGUCUCCAUGCCAUCAUGGAUGUCAAACACAAAACUAAACUAUGAUUCGGCUUUAACCCUAUCAAGGAAUUGCAGUCCUAACCUGGAUAAUCCGAACAUCUUGUGUUCGUAUCAAGACUCUUCAGAUCAAACAUUCAGGUGUCACCAAACUACCCCGACAAUCGCAACCCACCACUCAGACGUUGCGCAUCGCACCUCGCUCAUUGUGGAAUUCGAGAAAACGAAACUGGAGCCUACGGAACCUAACUUACACAAUAUAAACACCACUAUUGGGCUCUUGACGCACGAAAAAGGAUUGGGUCAACGUUCAUCUCUCAGCGGUCAUUCAAAUCGUUAUUUGAUUCAUCAGUCCUACUUGCUCUCCAGCAGUGGAUCUCCAAGCCGUCUAAGCUUGAACUCAACUGGGUUCACUCCAGGCAGACCUUGCUCCCAAAGGACUGGUGAUGGACACAAGGUGGGGAAAUACUUCGUUGUAAUGUUUGAUCACGCUACACAAACUAACGGCGAAAUUAGCGCCAGAAAGGGCGACUAUCUUCACUUAUUGGAUUCCAGCGAUCCGGAGUGGUGGCUUGUGGAGCAUACACAUUCCGGUUUGACUGGCUACAUCCCAGCAUCGUACGUCGCUUUAGCGGACUCUGUCGAAGCUGAAGACUGGUACUUCAGAAGCAUUUCCAGGAAGGAUUCGGAACGACUGUUACUACUUAAAGGUAACAUUCGUGGUACAUUUCUCAUCCGAGCAAGUGAAACCACCACUGGUGCCCUUUCUCUGUCUGUACGUGACACCGAAUCUCAACGGGGUGAGACAGUAAAGCACUAUAAAAUCAAACAGCUUAGCGACACGGGACAAGUGUGUAUUACAACCAAACAAGUUUUCCCCGAUCUCAAAGCGUUGGUCACCCACUAUUCCGCCAAUGCUGACGGGCUGUGCUGCUGCCUGACCAGACCUUGUCCACGUCCACCUCCUUUGCCGACCGACCUUUCAAGGUCAACUCGUGAUCACUGGGAAAUCCCUCGAUCAUCAUUGGUCCUACUUGAGCAGCUCGGUGCUGGACAGUUUGGAGAAGUUUGGAAAGGUGCCCUUUCUCUGUCUGUACGUGACACCGAAUCUCAACGGGGUGAGACAGUAAAGCACUAUAAAAUCAAACAGCUUAGCGACACGGGACAAGUGUGUAUUACAACCAAACAAGUUUUCCCCGAUCUCAAAGCGUUGGUCACCCACUAUUCCGCCAAUGCUGACGGGCUGUGCUGCUGCCUGACCAGACCUUGUCCACGUCCACCUCCUUUGCCGACCGACCUUUCAAGGUCAACUCGUGAUCACUGGGAAAUCCCUCGAUCAUCAUUGGUCCUACUUGAGCAGCUCGGUGCUGGACAGUUUGGAGAAGUUUGGAAAGGAAGGUGGAACGGUUCUAUGGACGUCGCGAUCAAAACGUUGAAACCCGGUACAAUGAGCAAAGAAGAUUUUCUCAAGGAGGCUCGCAUCAUGAAACGGUUACACCAUCCGAAACUCGUGCGUCUCUAUGCCGUGGUAACAGCGGAUCCCAUUUAUAUAGUUACUGAGCUAAUGAGUCUUGGUAGCUUACUGCAUUACUUGCGGGACGGGCCUGGAAGGAAUUUGGAGCUGAAAUUGCUGAUUGACAUGGUGGCUCAGAUUGCUAGCGGCAUGGCACACUUAGAAAAAGAGCGAUAUAUUCAUCGCGAUCUGGCAGCUCGAAACGUCCUGGUGAGCGAGAACAACACCGUCAAGGUCGCCGAUUUCGGUUUGGCACGAAUAAUCGAUACUGCCAGUGAAACGUACACAGCCAAACAAGGUGCACAAUUUCCUAUCAAAUGGACAGCUCCUGAAGCCGCAUUACUUGGACGUUUCACUGUCAAGUCAGAUGUCUGGUCAUUUGGUAUUGUGAUAUAUGAGAUAAUCACACAUGGCCAGACGCCGUAUCCGUCUAUGAAUAACACACAAACAUUACAGCAAGUCGAAAGCGGUUACCGGAUGCCCCGUCCGCCCGCAUGUCCUGACCCUGUAUACCAGGUAAUGCUUAGAACAUGGGAUACGAUACCCGAUAAACGACCAUCCUUUGACUCCCUGUGUACAUAUUUUGAGGAUUACUUUAGCAACGCGGAACGAACCUACAAACCCACAGAUCAGAAACAGUACCAACAUAGUCAGAAAGAUGAUGAUAGUGUGGAAUGGACAACAGGCGCGUUUGGCUCACGUCAUCCCCGUUGGGACCAGUGGACAAAUCGAAUACCGAUACCACGCGAAACAACCGCCAUGGUCUAA